AUGGAAGACAUCCGACGAGAUCUGAAUGAAAAUCCCGAGCAACGACAGGCUGGAGAAGCCCCUGCACAGCAAGAAGAGCGCCAAGUCAUCGCUGAGAAUGCACCAUUCAUGGAAGAGGUAGAGGAUGCCGGUGACGAUGUCGGCGACGAAACUAGCGAUGACGAUAGCGAUGACUCCGAUAGCAGCGAUUCCAAUGACGGCAACAAUGACGAGCAGCAAGCACAACCUGAGGACCCCCGCAACAUUGAGGAGCCGAGGGCUAACCAGAGAAACGCACGGGCGGAAGACCGUCAACCUGUGAACCAAGCGCACAAUGUGCGCACUAGGCGGCAAGUUCUGUUGGAACUCCGCCGACUGCGGCGACAGCAGGUUGUCUCUCGUACACCAUCCAGGAUUUGA